AUGAAGUUCUUCAGCAACGUGUUGACCGCCUUCACGGUUAUCUUCCUCGGUAUCCUCGGUGCCCUCGCCCAAACUGAGGAUGCGGUGACCGGAGGACUUCAGAGCCUCACCGACGCCUCCAGCGACGUACAGCUCGCUAUCUCCAAGAUCACCCUCAGCAAUUUCCCCAAAACCGGAACAGAAAUCGCGGGCGGUCUCGGAAACCUCACUACCUCGAUUGGGAGCUUCACCACUCAAAUCACUCCCCCGAACCCUACAACGUUCCCGGAUGAUGCCGCGCAAGAAAUCGUCGAUUUCUUGACUGGCUUCGUCCAGGUCCACCAGCUCCUCCUCAGCACAAUCAUCGGCAAGCACUCUAUCGCGGCACAGUUCUUCUUGACGGCUCCCAUCGCUGCUGCUCUGCGCACUAUUGAGGACGCCGUCGACGAUCUCGCAUUUGCUUUGAUCGGCCUGAUCCCGACUCAGCAGUCUGCCGCACAGUCUCAGUUUGACUCGUUGAGCGCCACCUUCUCGGAUGCUAUAUCUACCUACUCGUCCUGA